AUAAACAAAGCAUUUUUGUUCCAAUACGGGACGGUUUGAAGGAAGUUCUUCUCUCUUUCUCUUCUUGUGCUGUCUGAGUAUUUCUCUUUUGAUGUUUGCUCAGCUGAAUUAAAAAGUGGAUUCCUUUGAUCAUUUGAAGGGUAGCAAUACCCUUGAUCAAAUGAUGGAGAGUGGACCUAUUGAUCAGCCUAAACCACAACAACAAAUGUGGUGUGAGAAAAAACAGACUGCUGUCCAUGAGGAAAUCAAGAGAAUGAACCAACUUCCUGCUAAUAGUGCAUAUGGCAUGCAUCGUCUUAAGGUUCUUAAUAAAAUUCUGCAAUUAAUGUCAGUUAAGAGAACUGUAUCACAGGAGCAGGAGUUGGAGUUGCUUUUUGCGGGCCUUUCUCUGUAAGAGUUAUCAUUGAUGAUGCCCCUCAUAAUCUGCACCUUGAAGGUCAAAGGGGAAAGCACAAGGCUUGUGGCUGUCUUUAAACAAUCUUGCUCCUCUUUAGCUACUGUGUUUAAUAUAAUAAUAAUAUACAUCAUGUUGCAUGUAAAAACAGCCUCCAUCCCCUGUUUUCCUUCAUGUCAUUAGUGGUUCAUUCAUGCUAUGGAAGAUGAUCUUUCUUUCAUAUUCUGAUCAUGGAUCAUCUAAGUCCGUUAUUGAUAAAUUACGUAAUUCAUGCUAUGGAUGAUCUUUCUUUCA